AUGGCCAGACAAGAUGACGGCAAUGGGAAACCUGACCCCCCCGUCCCCCGCGCCUCUCCUGAAGGGGCUCCCAUGGGUACCAGGACCCCCCUGGGCCCCCGAGGCAGCCCCAUGGGAGCCCCCCAGCCCCGCGGCCCCCCCUCUCCCUCCGGCGAUGACAGCAGAGACGCCGAGGACUCCAAUGCUCCCAAGAUCCCGCAGGCGCUGGAGAAAAUCCUGCAGCUCAAAGAGAGCUGCCAGGAGGAGCUGGUGACUGUCCCGGGGGUCUCGGCCGAGGACGAGAUGGAGACGCAGCUCCGGGUGUCGGUGUCGGUCUCCGAGGCUGAGGAGGACACGGAGACAUCCGAAAAGGAGCGGAACCAGAAGCGCUGCAACCGCAAGAAAAAGAAGCGGGGGAGGCGCGGGGCCCGGGAGGUAACCCCGACCUGCCCCCGGUGGGACCCCGAGCCCCUCCCCGAGGCAGAGAUCGAGUACGUGAGUGAGGAGCUCGAGAUCUACGACCACAACUUCGUGUUGUUCAAGAGCAUUUUCGAGGCUUUCAAGCUGUCUGGCGACGUGAAUAACGACAAGAAGGAGCUGGAGCGGGCAGAGAGCGCCUGGGCCCCCCCGAAAAAGGGAGCCAAGGAUAGCUCCAGGGACAGCGAUGGGGACAGCUCCGAGGAUGAGCAGGAGAAGAAGCAGGAGGUCCCAAAGCUGUCCAAGAAGAAGCUGCGGCACAUGAACAGACUCACGGUGGUCGAGCUGAAGCAGCUGGUGGCCCGCCCUGACGUGGUGGAGAUGUACGAUGUGACCGCACAGGACCCCGAGCUGCUGGUGCACCUGAAGGGCACGCGGAACGCGGUGCCGGUGCCGCGGCACUGGUGCUUCAAGAGGAAAUACCUGCAGGGCAAGAGGGGCAUCGAGAAGCCGCCCUUCGAGCUGCCCGAGCUCAUCAAGUGCACGGGCAUCCAGGAGAUGCGCGAGGCCCUGAAGGACAAGGAGGAACAGAGGAAUAAGUCCAAGAUGCGGGAGAAGGUGCGGCCCAAGACGGGCAAGAUCGACAUAGAUUACCAGAAACUCCACGACGCCUUCUUCAAGCGGCAGACCAAGCCCAAGCUGACCAUCCGCGGGGACCUCUACUACGAGGGGAAGGAGUUCGAGACCCAGCUCAGGGAGAAGAAGCCGGGCGACCUCUCGGACGAGCUGCGGAUCGCGCUGGUCAUGCCUGUGGGGCCGAAUGCCCACAAGGGGCCACCCCCGUGGCUGAUCGCCAUGCAGCGCUACGGACCCCCUCCCUCGUACCCCAGCCUCAGAAUCCCGGGCCUCAACUGCCCCAUCCCCGAGGGCUGCUCAUUCGGCUACCACGCCGGGGCGUGGGGGAAGCCCCCCGUGGACGAGAUGGGGAAGCCGCUCUAUGGGGAGGUGUUCGGCACCAACGCCGCCGAGUUCCAGACGAAGGAGCAGGAGAUCGACUGCACUCCCUGGGGGGAGCUGGAGCCGUCGGACGAGGAAUCCGAGGAGGAGAGCGAUGAAUCCAACGAGACCGGGUUCAUCACCCCGGCCAACAGCGGGCUGAUCACCCCAGGGUACUUCUCGGUGCCGGCCGGGAUCGAGAUCCCGGAGCUGAUCGAGCUCCGCAAGAAGAAAAUCGAGGAGACCAUGGACAGGAGCGAGACGCCCCAGCUGUUCACGGUGGUCCCCGAGAAACGCACGGCAACCGUGGGCAGGGCCAUGAUGGGCUCCACUCACAUCUACGACAUGUCCGCGGUGAUGGGACACAAGAGGCCGGUGACAGAGGCGCGGGGCGUGGAGGUGGUGCUGGCUCCCGAGGAGCUGGAGCUGGACCCCUCGGCCAUGACACAGAAGUACAAGGAGCACGUGCGGGAGCAGCAGGCACAGGUGGAGGAGGAAGACUUCAGUGACAUGGUGGCCGAGCACGCUGCGAAGCAGAAGAAGAGGAAGGCGCAGCCCCAGGACGCCCGCGGGGAGGGCAAGAAGUUCAAGGAAUUCAAGUUUUAGAUGUUACUGCUGUCCCCUCGGUGUCACCUCACUAUCACCCACCCUCUGUCACCUGGGGCCGCGGUCCGGGUGUUUGUAAAUAAAAGGUGUCCCCACCGACAAAAAAAAAGGAAGAAAAAAAAAAAAGAAAUAAAAAAAGGAACGGAGCUGCAACGGCCGGGGCGGGGGGAGGUCCGCCGCGCCGCCCCAUAUCUACAGCAGGUCUCUUAGAUGAACAGCAAUUACAUACAGAUCAGCCGGUCCCAAGAGACGGGCAGGGGCCGCCCCGAAAAGGGAAGGGAGGCGCGGGUGGGAGCCGCCCUGUGCCGCCACCGCCGCCAGCCGGGAAAGGGAAAACUCCGCAGCACCGUCCUGCGGCCGCGAACCGAGCUCGUAGCGAAUCACAUCCCUGAAUGACUUACUGAGCCCAAACAAUCGAAUGCGCAUAUACACAGAGUUUACAAUAACUUCCAACAACUUGAUUUUUUUAAAUAAAAUACUAGUAAGACUAUGUCAUACUAUUUAUGAAUAUUCUAGUAUCACCAUCACCUCAUAUAUGGCUCAUCCAGACCUCUCCCAAACCCUGAGAAAGACUUUAGUGUCUUUAACGCAGUUAAUAAAUAGCAAUGUCUUUUCCUCUAUCAAGGCAAAUGGUUCUUGUUUCUCGACUAUGCCUGCUAACACCAUUCUCAACCAGGUAACCCUGCAGAAGGCCAAAUACCUCCUACCAUCCAUGUUUUUACAAGCAAAGAUAUUUUUCAAGACUAAUUUAUGCAUAUGUUUUAUGCUGGGACUGAGUAAAUGUGUAGCAAAGGAGUAAAAUAUAGUAUAUUUGUGAAUAAAGCUUCAAAGAAACUUUCAGAAACCUGUUUAUUAAUGGUCAUGUGGUUUUUUUUUCUCAGGAAAACUGUGUUCUAAAGAACAGGAAAUAGAACAUUAAAAGAAAAGAAAUACUGAAGGUCACAACAUAUGUUAGUGUGUCUUUGUCUCCUCAUAUGUCCUUGUGCUAUGUUUAGACAAUUCAAGAACUUUAUGUGGAAGGAUUAGUGUUUUUGUGCAACUUGAUCAAUUAUCAAAAUAUUUAUCAUGAUCUAAUUACUAAAAAUAGCCAAGCAGUGAAAGAGCAGGUUUUAUUACCAACCUGACCUUUGUAAUCUGGACAGGAGUUCAGUUCAGUGAGCAAUGCUCUUUUCCUCCCCACAGAUACCAUACAACCUAUUGACAACAUACAGCAAAUCUCUGCUGAAUGAAAGACACAACUUUGAGUUGGUUAUCUGUCUGCACCAAACAAUUUAGACUCUUAGGAAAAGGACAACAACCCAGGAAGAUUACACCAUAACAUUUUGCAACAGCAGCUUUCACAGUACUUGGUUGCAACACAACACAGUUCUUACCUCAGCUUGUGAGCUCCUCGUGACCUUGAUGUAUAAAUUGCAUCUUAAACUUUAGCUAAGUCACAGAAAUAUUCAGUACAAGAAUUAGGAUUCAUUUAUCGUUUAAAAAGUGUAGCGGUAAGUAAUUAUGUAUGAGAAGAGUGGUGACAAUGUAGAAUGAAUCAAUGGGAAAUGGUAUUACUUCAGAUGGCCUCAGUAGUUUUAACAUCGUCCUCCUUUCAGUGAGCUGGGCUGUUCUUCUUUUGAGACCCUGUAACAAGAAAUCUUCCCUAGGAUAAUUUAAAAAAGGAUCUCUCAGAAGAUCCGAAGUUCGGGUGGAAUUGGAAAACUGAUAUAUUAAAGACUAGAGAGACCAAGUCUUUCAUCAACAGCUGAUUUUUCCUGACACCAGCUACAGACAGACCAAGCAAAUGGCAGCCCGUGAGCAAACUCCGCGGCAGUGGCCACCGGCAGGA